CCACUUACAGCCUGUGAGAAUUGAUUUCCAUCCACAUAGGAGGAUAUUAAUUGCCAACCUUGUGUCUCUAUGCCCACUUCGCAUCUGUUUUCUUUCGUGUUCCUCCAUCAAUUGUCCUGUUCUUCAAAACAUUUCCCCCUGGUCGACAACGUGCGCCCCGGACCAAUUCUGACUAGAACCUUUCUCUUUUGACGAGGAAAAACAACGACAAAAUGGCGAGUGAGCAGCCUAACCAGAACGAAAAGAUACCCGCUCGGUCGAGCGCAGUUGAAACGACCGAAGAGAAGAAGGCCUUAGACUUGGAAAAGCAUGGCGACAUCGUGGUCGGGUCUUCCAUCCCUACCAUCAUGAGAGAUGGGAUACGUCUGCAUCCCCAGCCGACGAGUGAUCCUCUGGAUCCCUUGAACUGGUCGAAGUGGAAGAAGGGUCGCAUUGUUGCCAUUGUAAUGGGACUGUAUUUCAUGUUCACAUAUGUGACCACCACCACCGUCCCAGCGUUCCUCGAAAUCCAGGAGCUCUACAACAUUACUGAUGAGCAGCUUAACUGGACCGUAGCCAUUCCCGCGCUAGGUCUUGCAGCCGGCCCUCUCCUGUGGUCUUCUCUUGCGGACAUAUUCGGUCGUCGUAUCAUCUUCAUCAUCGGCACCGUCGUGGCCUUGGCUGCCACAAUUGGGGCGGGCCUCGCUCCCAACUACGGCGGAUACAUGGCUGCACGAUUUUUCCAGGGAUUGGGAACAUCACCGGGCGCCACGGUUGGACUCGCGAUCAUCAACGAUAUGUAUUUCGAAUACGAACGCGGCCAGAAGGUCGGGCUGUGGGUGUUGGCCAUCGACAUGGGCCUCCUUGUCGGUCCGCUGAUCGGUGGUUUCGCUGCUAUGGCUGGCCAAGCGUGGGUCCAGUGGCUCACGGCAAUUCUUUUGGGAGUGCUUCUCAUCGCAGAAGUCUUCUUCCUGACCGAGACGCUGUAUCCGCGAAACCAAAUGUUGAUCCAGAUGCCAUACACGGAAACGGGCCCCGAAACGAUCGAGGUAGAUAGCGAAGCCGUGGGGGCCAUGGUGGACAUGGAGAAGAUCGAGAGGAAGAACAGUGUCGCGAACGAGGUCGACCUGAAGAGGACGACGGCAUUGCCGUUCAUCAACAUAACGCCGGUCCCGGGAAUGAAGCACCCCACACCUUGGGACAGCGCGGUCCGAUUCUGUCUCACCUGGAAAUAUCUGCCAGUCACGAUCACCGUCGUCGCGUUCUGCUACGUGUGGUACUGGUGGGUCCUGAGUGUCAUCACCUUCAUCCCGUUCGCGUACCCAGACUACAAGCCGCACAUUCAGGGACUACUUUUCAUCGGGUUGAUCCUCGGAACCUUGGUCGGCGAGAUCUUCUUUUCCGGCACCUUGAGCGACAAGAUAAUUCUGAGGCUCGCAAAGAAGCAAGGUGGUGUUCGAGUUCCGGAGAUGAGGUUGUGGUUGGUGUAUCCUGCCAUCUUGAGCAGCUCCACUGGUCUCAUCCUCUGGGGAGUCUCGAUCGACAGAGGGUAUCACUGGAUGGUCGGCCAGGUUGCCUUCUUCCUGUUCGCCGCUGGCAUUCAAAUCGGCAACACCGUAACGGCGGCGUACAUCGUCGACUGCUAUCCUCUGCAAUCGAUGGCCAUCAUCACGUUCUAUUCCGUCCUCCUUAACUUGAGCGCCUUCAUCAAUCCUUUCUUCAUCGCUCCGUGGAUCGACGCGAGUGGGUACACAUGGACCUUCGCAGCUCAGGGCAUCAUCACUUUCUUUGGCUGCAUCCCACUGUUCGCCGGAGUACAUUUCUUCGGAUCGAAGCUUAGGAGGGCAAGCGGAGCACCAAAUUGGGUUAACCCCGAGUUCGAUUCAAUCCUCUGA